AGGAACUACCCAAAACCUGAAAAACUCUUCUAGUUAAGGAUGUUAGUGCCGAGUAUCGUCCUGAUGUUGGAAGAACUGCUUUGCCAAGCUCAUGCAACAUUGACAAGAGUCGCGUGCAUAUGCAAACGCAUCAAUACAUUAAUGGAACUAAUACCAGGAACAGUGAAGCAGGAACUUGUUUGGGCAACCCGCUUCCAUCAAGUAAUUUUAAUGUUGCAGAUGCAGGAAAAAAUCUUGGACGGCAAAGUCAGGUCAGAGCAUCAAUGGUCAACAGCUCUGAUGCUCGGGUGUUGGAUGGAUCACUUAGCAACAAUAGUGUUCAUACCAGCCAAGGGAAAGACUCUGCAGAAGUUUUUGUUAAUGACCUGGACGACGAUGAUGAUGACAUACUUGAGAAUAUUGAUGUUGACCAGAUAGUGGAACAGUACCAAUCAAGUUGCACACCUCAACCAUCAAGUUUCAAGCUUCCACCCAUUACUCCCUUUAUAGAUAAAGAUAAUAGACAAGAGGCGACUAGUUUGCCACCAGAAUUGUGUUCAAAUUGCAGUCAUGGGUUUAAGAUAGGACUUUGCCCAGAAGCUGGAAGUCAUUUGCAGGAAAUGAAGGAUACCCUAAUUAUCAUAUCAAAUCAACUGCUUGAUGAUGUUAAUGACCUCAGCCCAGAACAAAUAAAUAAGCUUCGCCAAGAUAGGUUUGCAUACCACCCCCUUUCAUCUUGAUUUGAUUUCCUUUAGAGUCAAGGUAGAUCUUUUUAGAGGGGAUUGUGGAUAAAAAUAAAUAAGUGAAAGAAAAGAACUGGCGGACAGGGCCGACCCUGAGAAUUUGGGGGCCCCAGGCGAGUCUUCGAAGUGGGGCCCUAAAAUUCUCUGAUCUCCGGUUCUUUGUAUAUUGAUUUGUAUAAAAAAGAAUUCGCUAAAUACAUAAAAAGUUCUAUUUUCACAUCAAUAUCAUUAAAAAUUAAUAUCAAAAGAAGAUAAAUAUACAAACAUUAUUUAAACAUUACAUGAUUCACGUUUCACAAAUGUACUAAAUGUUUGCAGUCAACAGUCUAAGAUUGAGAGUGAAGAACAAU